AUGUCGCUCUCCAACCCCAUCGUCUCGCGCUUCAACGCGCUGCGCAGCUAUGCCGGCUCCCUGGCCUGGGGCCCUCUUGUCCAGCUCUCCCGCAGCCUGACCCUCUCGCUCCUCCAGCGCAUCCAGACCGGGCAACUCACCAUCAUCGACACGGAUGGCCAGGCUUACCACUGCGGCAUCGUCUUGCCCUCCACACCAUCCACGACGCUCCACGUCCACAAGGACCUCUUCUGGGUGCGGCUCCUCCUCUUCGCAGACAUGGGCUUCGCCGAGUCCUACAUGCUCUCCGAGAUCUCCUGCGGGGACCUGACCGCCUUCUUCAAGCUCUUCAUCCUGAACCGCUCCCACCUCUCCAAUGGCUCCACACUGACCUCCACGCUCUCGACCUCUCUGACCGGCCUCCUGCGCCGCACCAACGACCUCUCCAACGCCCGCCUCAACAUCGCCGCCCACUACGACAUCAGCAACGCCAUGUUCGCCGCCUUCCUGAGCGACGACAUGACCUACUCGUGUCCGAUCUGGCGGCCCAGCUCCGAUCCGCGCUGCAGCUCCGAGCCGCUCGAAGAGGCGCAGAUGCGGAAAUUGUCCCGCUUCAUCCGGGCCGCGCGGUUGAAAGCGCGAGACCAUGUGCUCGAGAUCGGUACGGGGUGGGGCAGCUUCGCGAUCGCGGCGGUACGGGCGUCGGGGUGUAGGGUGACGAGUCUGACGCUGAGCGUGGAACAGAAAGAGCUCGCGGAGGAGCGAAUCAGGAGCGCGGGGUUCGAGGACAGGAUCGAGGUGCUGCUGUGUGACUAUAGGGCGCUGGAAAAGAUGGGGAAAGUGCCGGUGGGCGGGUUCGAUAAGCUUGUUAGCAUUGAGAUGCUCGAGGCGGUGGGGAGGGAAUAUCUGGCGACAUAUUUCGAGUGCGUGGAUAGGUUGCUGAAGAGGGAGGGCGGCGUGGCGGUGUUCCAGUGUAUCACCAUGCCUGAAGCGAGAUACGAGGCCUACGCCAAAGGCGACGAUUUUAUCCGCAAAUACAUUUUCCCCGGUGGCCAUCUUCCCUCGGUCUCGCAGCUUGUCCAGAAGAUCGCAGAAGGCUCGAGGGGUACGCUCGUGGUGGAUGCUAUCGAGAACAUCGGCCCACACUAUGCCAAGACGCUGCGAUUAUGGAAAGAAAACUUCAUGCGGAAUUUCGACGCCGAGAUUCGGCCGGCGCUGCUGGCGGAACAUGAGCACAUGACCAAGCGGGACGCUGAGACGUUCAGGAGAAAGUGGGAGUACUACUUUACGUACUGCGAAGCAGGCUUCGCGACGAAGACGCUGGGCGAUGUGAUAAUUACCGCUGGACGAGAAGGAGCCAUGGAAAUGUUGGAGGAUGUCCCGUUGUGA